AAAAAGAUAUUUACUUUGUUUAAAAUAUUUUUAUCUGUACAUUUUUUGUGCCUCGUUUACAAUCAUGAAAAAUAAAUGUGGUCUGCCGCCCUCUAGCGUUAAAACGUUUCGUUGGCAUAGCAACAGUGUGUUUACACGCCGGCAAAUUGUCAGCAGUCGUCUUUUAUUGACAGAAAGAAAUGUCUCGGCUGAUGGGAUCCCCUGAUAAGUUUCUACCAUCUGAGUGGAAACAUGCAAAUCAGGUGCAUUUCAGGAGCUCGGAGGCAGAACGAUCACUCUCACAGAGACUGACAGCGGAGUGUCAAAGACUCAUAGAGGAGAGUGACAAAUCUACCAAACACAUGCAACAGGAUGCACAAAAGAAGCUGGAGCAGAGAAUCCAGGACAUCAAAUUCUGGAGGCAGGAACUGGACCAGAAGUUUGAGGAGAUGGUGCAGGAGAUAGAGACCCUCAUCAUUUUCAAGAGUCGUGUGGAAAGAGCCUUAGAAAGCUGCUCUGAGCCUUUGCAAGUGACUUUGCAAUGUCUGACUGAGAGCUGCUAGGAGAGACAGCAAAUCAGGAGAAAAAUCUGGAGUCUCUACGUGUGGCAAUCGCAGAGAAAGAAGCUCCACUCAAAGUGGCUCAGACUCGACUGUCCUCUCGCAGCCAAAGGCCCAACGUUGAGCUCUGCCAUGACCCGGCUCAAAUCCGACUGCUAGAAGAGGUCAAGGAGCUCGCAAACCACAUUGAGAGGAUGGACGAAUUAAUCUUUUUUCUGAGGGAAAGGAAUAUUCCAGAAACCACCAUAAAAAGGCUGGAGGACGACAAGGUAAUAUUGAACCAAACAAUUUAACCCACUGAAUAAAU